AUUUUGCCAGCUAGAGCAUUCAGUGGCGGUUUGAUCUGAUACUUCUUGGAAGAGAAAUGCAGAGAGCUUUACAGGCCUACGGUGAAGUGUUGAGGCUAGUAAGGCGACUCCCGAAGGACACAAGGCCUUAUUAUGCCAAGUACGCCAGAGAAAACUUCGUCAAUUACAGAGAGGUCGAUGCCAACGACGACACUGCACUCAAAGAACUACUCAGUAGGACUUAUACCCAUUCCCUCUGGGUCCUCAACAAGUAUUCGGUGGAUGAAGGUGCCGCGGAAAAGUUGAAGGUGAUUUGCGGUGCUUGAUUUUUGAGUUCGCCUGCCAUGUGUUUGCGUUUAUUUCCCAAAGAGGCAAGUUCUCGACUUCUCUUUAUUUGAUGUCUUUUUACGGUUGUGAGCUUCGAUGGAUUGGUCUAUAUCCCCGGAUUAUUUGAUUCUUGAUUGAUUAAACGAGUUUGAAACAGCUCACAGAUGUCUACUUUGAGAAUUUAAUCUUGGCAGUGUCCAAUAAAUUUCCUUGCGCUAUUUGCUGCGUUCAAUUUGAUAUUUAAGAUGCUGCGAGUUGGUGAGUAUGCUUAUAUUGUCGUUUGGCAUGGUGAUUUCUUGUACAUUGUUAUACUAUAUUGAAACUCGGGAUCAUUUGAAAAUUUUGACCAAUUUGUUCAUGUGAUAAGUUAGAUUGCUAGCGUACUGAU